AUGUUGAGUAACAAGCCCUACCAAUGCCAGCGAUGCCCGAGGGCAUUUGCUCGUCUCGAGCAUCUCCAACGUCAUGAUCGCUCACACACCAAAGAGAAGCCAUUCACCUGUGCCCAGUGCCCCAAGGCAUUUACACGCAAAGACUUGCUAGCCCGUCAUGACCGUCUCUCCCACACGGAGGGCAGUCCAAGUCGGAGUCAAACAACGCCUUCCUCCGCGCAUCCCAUCCUGGACGGAUUGGAUACCUUGGCGUCUGUUGUCACCGACCAUGCCCAAUCUCGCCGUUCAAUAGGAUCUAAUGACCAAUUCUCUGAGCUGUCACCAGCUGUACACCGCACCCCCCUGAUCAGUGAGCAGUUAGCCAGCGACACUCCCUCUGCAGGCCCCACCCCCAUUGCAGGUCCGGACUUUGGCUAUCUUGGUGGCUUUGCCCCUGGUAACUACGAGGGGAACGACUUUACUUCCUUUCUGGAUAGUGUACCCCUGCCUAGUCACCCGUUCUCGCCGGCUUACCAGCCUCUCCCCUUGUUUCCCCCGCUGCACUUCUCCCCCGUUCCAGAUUAUGAUCAGUCUUCGGAUAGAGCACCCUUGACUGAAACUACUCCGGCCACUCCUUCUAGCUCGGUCCUUCCUCGCCAUGGGGCUCAAUUGCCUUCUCUUCAGCCGGAGGGGUAUCAAACUACCCCCAAGGCGCGCCAGCCUACGGGUUUCGUACCUGUUACAGCGCAAUGUCGGGAGAAGUUCAUGAAUCUGUUAUCUGAUUAUGCAAAUGUUGUCCCAGACCCAUCUCUUCCAUCCCGGCAUGCGCUGUCCCGGUGCUUAACUGGGUAUCUGACGGGUUUUCAUGAUCACUAUCCAAUUGUGCAUAUCCCAACCCUCAAUGUGGAAUCGAUGACCUUGCCGCUGUUUCUAUCGAUGGCAGCAUUGGGUGCGCGGUACUGUCGCGAACCAGAAACUAGCAUGCGUCUCUACCAGAUCGCUAAACCGGUGACCUUGGAGCAUGUCCGGCGGGUUUUUCAGUGUGGCAAAAUGCCACCUGUCAAUGUGGCCGAUGACACUGAUACACUGGAAACAUUACAGGCGCUGUUAUAUUUGACGUCGGUGUCGGCAUGGUUUAUCAACAACCCUCCUUACCACGAGGCAUUGUCGAUUCGCAGUCUAAUGGAGAUGCUCCUUCGAAAUGGAGGGCUUAACCGGCUCCCUGAGCACGACGGGACCUGGCGCAGAUGGAUCCGACGGGAAUCUGUGAAGCGGAUGAGAUUAAUUGUGUUCUGUUUCUUUAACAUUCACACUAUCGUCUUUGACGUUCCGCCCGUGAUUCUUACUGAGGAAGUCACUAUCGAGCUGCCCUGUACCGAACAAGAAUGGCAAGCUCCACACGCAGACCUCUGGCACAAAGCGCGCAUGAAAAGUCCCGGCGAGCCGAAGUUCCAGAAUGCCCUCUCCGCACUUUUUGAACCAAACAGCAACGUGGAGCGAUUCUCCUCGCUGGGUGGCUACGUACUAAUUCACGCCAUCCUGCAAGACAUCUGGCUCAUGACCAAAGCGGGUCGCCUGCCCGUCUCGAGACGAAAUCGCUUCAAUCCUUCUUGCAUCUCAUCAACACCAGAACUUGUCUCUGUUGAGCAAGCCCUGGAACGCUGGUGCCAAUGCUGGGAGCGCAAUCAAGAGUCCUCGAUCGAUCCACUCAGUCCACACGGCCCUCUGUCCUUCACUUCCGCAGCCCUCCUCCGACUAGCAUACAUCCGCCUCAACGCUGACUGCGGCUCAGCCCGCCAACUUCAAACCUGGGACCCGGUCCAAAUCGCCACUAGUCUCCGCGAAAACCUCUCCGUCCGCCGUGGCGACCGUCUCACACGCGCGGCACUACACUGCGCCCAUGCCCUCAGCACACCCGUCAAGCUAGGCAUCGGCUUCGUCGCCCACUCGCAGGUUGCACUAUGGUCGAACCAACAUGCAUUAUGCUCCCUCGAGUGUGCAGUCCUUCUUGCCAAGUGGCUUGAAGCGGUGACAGUGCCACAUCCAGACCCAGCAUUGACAGAGCAAGAAGCCAGGCUGAGGGAUUUCGUGCUAGAGAUGGUGAUGGAAGUGCAGCAUGGCGUAUCACGGGAAUGGCUGCUUGCUACAAAUACACGGCUCAGUGCGGCUGUUACUCGCUUAUGGGCGCGGCUGUUUACAGCGGAUUAUAUCUGGGAGAUGGUUGCUUUGAUUGGGAGGUCUUUGAAUAGUUAUGCGGAUUUGUUGGAGCAGUAG